UUUCAAACAAUAAAUUAAUUAAAAUAUCCAUAAAAAUUUACAGAGAGCAAAGCUUCUUUCUUCCAUGGAAAACUAAAAUAAAGCUUUCAACUUCAAACUCAACAAUGGAGUCUCUCACUCUCAGCUCCUCCUUCCUCUACAACAAUCUCUUCACACCAUCACCAAUCUCAUCCAAACCCAAACCCAAACCCAAAACCCCAAUCCCAAUCCACUCCUCCAUCACACCAGACCCAUGGACACUCAGCUCAGGCGACCCAACCAGACCCAAACCCAAAUCCAAAAACCCCAAAAACCCACUUUCAGACGACAACGCUCGCCGCAUAAUCAAAGCCAAAGCUAGGUACUUGAGUCACCUAAGGAAGAACCAGGGCCCUCAAGCUCAAACACCCAAGUGGAUUAAGAGAACCCCUGAACAGAUGGUUCAGUACUUGGAAGAUGAUAGAAAUGGUGGGCUUUAUGGGAAACAUGUUGUGGCUGCCAUUAAAAAGGUUAGGUCUUUAUCUCAGAAGGUUGAAGGUGAGUAUGAUAUGAGAUUGGUUAUGGGUUCUUUUGUUGGGAAGCUUAGCUUUAGAGAGAUGUGUAUUGUGUUGAAGGAGCAAAAGGGUUGGAAGCAAGUUAGGGAUUUUUUCAAUUGGAUGAAAUUGCAGUUAAGCUACCGGCCAAGUGUUAUUGUGUACACCAUUGUUUUGAGGAUAUAUGGGCAAGUUGGUAAGAUAAAGAUGGCUGAAGAUACUUUCUUGGAGAUGCUUGAAGCUGGAUGUGAGCCAGAUGAAGUUGCUUGUGGUACCAUGUUAUGUACAUAUGCUAGAUGGGGUCGUCAUAAGGCUAUGCUUUCGUUUUACUCUGCUAUUCGCGAACGGGGAAUUGUAAUGUCUGUUGCAGUUUACAAUUUCAUGUUGUCCUCGUUGCAGAAGAAGUCACUACAUCGAAAUGUCAUUGAAGUUUGGGAGCAAAUGAUGGAACAAGGAGUGGUUCCUAAUAGUUUUAGUCAUACUGUAGUUAUCGGUUCACUUGUUAAAGAGGGUUGUUUAGAGGAAGCUCUUACGAAUUUUCAUGAGAUGAGGAGUGUUGGGCUUGUUCCCGAGGAGGUUUCGUAUAGCCAGCUAAUAAGUUUGUGUACUAAACGUGGUAAGUGGGGUGAAGCGCUUAGAAUAUACGAUGACAUGAAGGAUCAGAGAUUAGUACCGAGUCGCUAUACAUGUGCUUCUCUAUUAACACUGUAUUACAAGAAUGAAGAUUAUUCUAAAGCCUUGUCUCUCUUCUCGGAGAUGGAACGAAAUAAAAUUGCAGCAGAUGAAGUUAUUUAUGGUUUACUCAUUAGGAUAUAUGGAAAGCUUCGUCUGUAUGAAGAUGCUCGUAGAGCGUUUGAAGAGACUAAACAGCUCGGUUUACUUAGUGAUGAGAAAACAUAUUUAGCAAUGGCGCAAGUUCAUCUUGGUUCAGGGGAUUUUGGGAAAGCUUUAGAAGUUAUUGAACUAAUGAAGUCUAGAAACAUUUGGUUAUCAAGAUUUGCUUAUAUUGUUUUGUUGCAGUGUUAUGUUAUGAAGAAAGAUUUAACUUCUGCUGAAGUAGCAUUUCAGGCUCUUUCGAAGACCGGACACCCUGAUGCUGGUUCUUGCAAUGAUAUGCUCAAUUUGUAUUCGGGAUUAAAUUUGAUGGAAAAGGCAAAGAGUUUCAUUGCCCAGAUGAGGGAAGAUAAAGUACACUUCGACGAGCAGCUUUGCAAGACAGUUAUCAAAAUUUAUUGCAAGGAGGGAAUGAUUACAGAUGUUAGACAGUUGAUAGAAGAGAUGGGUAUGAAUGAAGUAUUGAAGAAUAAUAAAUUUAUCCAAACAGUUACCUCUGUAUGCAAACAUAAGGGAGAUGAACAACUUGAUGGAAAAUUAUUGGCGUUUGACCAACCCGACACGGUGGCUCUCGGUCUUGUGAUUGAUAUGUAUAUGGCAGAUGGGAAUGUUAAGGAUACAAAAAAUGUUUUGGCAGGGUUGGUUGAGAAUCCCGAUGGUGUAUCGAUUGCUAAUCAGCUUGUUGGUAACUUCAUUAGAGAAGGUGAUGCAUUUAAAGCUAGAGCACUCAUUUAUCAAUUUAACGAGCUAGGCUGCAGACCGGAAGAUGCCACAGUUUGUUCGUUGAUUAGUUUGUAUGCAAAGCAACACAAGUUGAAACAGGCCGAAGAAGUCUUUCACGCGUUUGCUGAUUCACCUGCAACGAAAAAUUCAUUAUGCAAGUCUAUGCUUGAUGCAUAUGUCAAAUGUGGUAAAGCAGAGAAGGCAUUCUCACUUUACAAACAAGCUAUUACCGAGACAGGGAAUUGUCUUGACGCGGUUUCUAUCAGCAUUCUCGUGAAUUCUUUAUCGAGCAAUGGCAAUCAUCAAGAAGCUGAGAUUGUCAUCCGCCAAAGUCUUGAAGGACACAAGGAGCUUGAUACCGUGGCAUUCAAUACCUUCAUCAAGGCUAUGUUGGAUGCAGGUAGAUUGCAUUUCGCGUCCUGUAUUCAUGAGCACAUGCUUUCGAGCGGGGUUUCUCCAUCAAUUCAGACAUUCAACACAAUGAUCAGUGUGUAUGGACGAGGGCGAAAGCUGGAAAGAGCUACCGAGAUGUUCAAUACCGCCCGCAGGAUGGGUCUGUCUUUGGAUGAGAAGGCAUAUAUGAACAUGAUUAGCUGUUAUGGGAAAGCUGGUAAAAGGCGUGAAGCGUCCUUACUCUUCGGUGAAAUGCUAGAAAAAGGAAUUAAACCCGGACUGAUCAGCUACAAUAUUAUGAUGAAUGUGUUUGCGACCGGAGGACUUCAUCAAGAAGCAGAGCAGCUUUUCAAAGCCAUGGAAAGAGAUGAUUGCUCACCUGACUCCUUCACAUACCUGUCCUUAGUUCGAGCAUACACCGAGUCCUUGCAGUACUCGGACGCUGAAGAAACAAUCAAUUCUAUGCAGAAAAUCGGUAUUGUUGCUUCCUGUUCACAUUUUAACCUCUUACUUUCUGCUUUUGCAAAAGAGGGUCUCAUGGUGGAAGCAGAAAGGAUCUAUCGAAAACUGCUUGGAGUUGGUUUGAACCCCGAUUUGGCAUGCUAUCGGAGCAUGAUGAGAGGGUAUAUGGACUAUGGACAUGUGACAGUAGGCAUCAAAUUUUUCGAACAUAUAAGCGAGAAUGUGAAUGCAGACAGGUUCAUUUUGAGUGCAGCUGUGCAUUUUUACAGGUCGGCUGGAAACGAAAUAAAAGCUGCAAGUGUUUUGGAUUCGAUGAGGCAUUUGGGUGUUGGAUUUCUAGAAAAUCUGGAAAUCGGUUCGAAGCUAAAAUCUUCUUGAUUAUGUCAGAAUGAACUCUAUGGAAGUGAUGAGCCUCCUUUGUAGCAUUUGUACAAAUGACAGCAUUAUUGAAUGAUUCAUUGGGUUGUAAAAUGAUGGUCUGUCUGUAGUGUAUAGUUCAUAGAUAUAUGAAUGUGAAUGUUAGGUGAUUAUUUUCAAAGGCCAUUUAAAGGCUUUAAAAGACAAGACUGAUGUACAUUCUUCUUGUAUUUUUGUUGUAACUUGUAACCUUUCAAGGCAAAAGAAAGAAAGAAAAAAUCUGAAAUAAUAUUAAGGCUAAUUAGAAUUUUUGUUCCUUAAA